AUGAAUAGUAUUAUCACUAGGAAUAUUUUAAAUGCUGCAAAGCAGAGCAUUACCAUUACUUCUCAAUCAUCAUCACCAUCGUUGAGAUGUGUAGCAUCAAGAGACUCUUUUAGACCAAUCUUUGUAACACUUUCAAAUGAUAACAACUACAACAUCAACAAAUAUAAUAAUAAUAAUAAUAAUAAUAUAAAUUCUAUCAUUAAAGAUAUCAAUAUCAAUACAAAAUAUAAUCAACAACAACAACAACAACAACAUAAACAUCUUUUCAAAUCAAAUAUUACAUUACAAUCAUUAUCAUCAUCGACUUCAUUUAUAAAUGGUAAUAAUGGUACUAUUCAAAUAUAUCGAUAUUCAUCGUCGUCAUCAAAAAGAACUAUAUCAUCAAGAGCCGGUUCAGCUAUUCAUUCACUUUACUUUGUAAUUGUAUUUUGUGCAAUUAUUGGAGCAGCCAUUUAUAUUUUCGAUGAUAUGAUAUUUGAACAAUGGUUGUAUAGUGAGGCAAUCGAUCAAUUACACUCAUCACAAGAGAUUGUAGAUAUAUUUGGUAGCGAUAUGAAAGCAAAGGCAUUCCAUCGUUUCUUUGAAAAGGAUAUGUCAAUGACAGAGAUUGCAAAACGAAAGAAUCAAAGACAAGGUGGUGAUCCAUCCAAUCCUCCUCCAAAAAUUGUUAUUAUUAAAUUUAAAUUACAAGGACAUAAAGGAGUAGGACAUGUAUUUUGCAAGGCCAAUAGAUUAUCACUCUUUAAUCCAGAGAUUACAUUCCUACGUGUAAACUAUGGAACCAUGAGAAAGAUUACAUUGAUUGACAAGGACAGAAAAAAGAUUGAAGAACCAAAAUCUCUCAUCACCAGAGCACUUAGAUUUUUAUUUACAAAUAAUAGAGAAGAAGAGGAUGAUCAAGAUUAUAAUUAA